AUGUCCACAUCGUCCCUCGCGGCGGAGACGCUGUAUCGUUUCCGGAGCUUUGCCCCGACCCAUCGACCUGUCAUCAACCACUAUCAACUCCGCAACAGCCUGGCUGCCACCAGCCGCAAUGACAUCUUCUACGUUGCCGACCAGAGUGUCGUCCGCACCUCGCUCGCCAGCCCCAAUUAUGUCGAGCAUGUUCUCGACACCUCGCAUGCUAACGGCGACCUCAAAGUCUCGUGUCUGUCUGCUCUGCCCGCCUCGCUCUUCCCUUCUUACCAAAGCAAUACCCUCCUCGUGGCCGGUGGUCUCAACGGCGAAUACGCCAUCCUCAACACCACCACCUCUGUGACGCAACAAGGGCACGUCACUCACGCCGACGACGGCCUCGUCACCCACGUCCAUGACUUCCUCGACCGCCAUUCCGGCCUACCCCGCGCCGCCUUCUGCUCCAACGACAACCGUCUUCGCGUCAUGGACCUUGCCACCCAAUCCAUCACCGCCUCCUACUACUACGAGGACGCCCUGAACUGCGCCGCCACCUCCCCCGACGGCCGGCUCCGCGCGCUGGUCGGCGAUACCAACGACGCCCUCAUCUCCGCCGCGGAGGACGGCCAAUUCCUGGUCACGCUCCGACAACACGCCGACUUCGGGUUCGCAUGCGCCUGGAGCCGCGAGGGCAGAUACCUGGCCACGGCCUCGCAGGACUGCACCGUCGCGGUCUGGGACGCGCGCAACUGGACCCGGCCCGUCCGCGUGAUGGACAAUGUCGUGGCGUGCGCGCGCAGCCUGCAGUUCACCGACGCCGGUGCCCUGCUCGUCGUCGAGAACGACGACAUGGUCAGCGUGUAUCGCGAUCCUGGUCGAGCCACAUCGUCGCCGUCGUCGAUGCCGGAGCGACAGGACAUUGAGCUCUUCGGGGCGAUCGCCGGUUGUGCGGUGCUCGAUGGCGGGAACGAGAUCAUCGUAGCGAACGCGGACGCAUCGGUCGGCGGGCUCAUGGCUUACGAGUCGAUCGGUGAACGGGCAGCGUCUGCAUCAUCUGCGGCCGAUGCUCUCGGCGACCGGCGAUGGGAUCGCGAUUGGCGCAGAGGAGCUCUCGGGCGAUGUCUCGACAUGUCGUUUUUGUGA